AUGAGUCCGGUGGAUACGGUCCCCGCCCCAUUGUGGGCGCGAGAUAUAGUCAGCGAUCUCAAGUCUGCCUCUUCUACAUUCUCGAGUUGGGAUAGUUGCAUGUCCAAGGCUUACUGCAAGUGGCCUGUCAUUGCGGCUAUCAUCGUCGGCGGGCUCAUUGUUCUGUCCGUCGUAGCGUGUAUUGUCAACUGUCUAUGUUGCGGCAUUCAGUGCUGCAAAGGAUGUUGCGGAUGUUGUUCAAUGUGCUGCCCGUCGCCUCGAAACAGGCAACGCAAAGCCAAGCACUUGGAUGAUCCGUACCCACUCCCAGAUAUGCCGGGGCCUAUGCCAGGGACUAUGCCGCCUCCGAUGCCAGUCAAGUCUCCAUAUCAAGCCCCGCAGCCGCCGCCCGUGUAUCGAGGAACGGAAGUCGCUCGAUUUGAUGCUCCGACAAGCCCUGCAGGAUCGAAGUUCAACGAGGAUGCGUUGCCUGCCAUGCCCAGCUGGGAUAAUGCUGUGACUAAGAGGGUGGAAGAUACAGGCCCCCAUGUCGAGGCGGUGGAGUUGGAGUCUAUGAAUCAUGUCAGUCGCGAGCCUCGUCGGAUGCCUUCUGCGCCUAGAAUGAAUGGAGGAGGGGUGGGUGGUGGAGGCUACAUGGGCCCUCCACCGGUUAGAACUGGCACUCCUGGUCAGUAUCCCAUUCGGACCGGCACACCUGACUACAAUGCACAAACACCUCAUGGGUACGACGCGCAGAACACUUACGGGUACAAUCACAAUGGCCCUAGAUCGCCUCCUCCCAUUUCUCCAUACGAUGAGCAGCCUUACAAUCAUGGCUUCCCUCAUGAAGAACGGUAUCAUACGAUGUCACCGGCUCCAACCUACACCACGCAGCCAGCUUAUGCACCAGCGGAGCAUCCGCAGCCUUAUUAUGUGCCAUCGGAAACCCCACUCCCUCCAUAUAUGCCCAUGGAUCGAACACGAUCUCCGGCUCCCGCUCUCUCAUCGGCCAUGAAUGCUCCUAGGCCCGUACCGUACCGCCAACCUUCCCCGGCGAUCAGCCAAUACAUACCUUACCAAGGAGUCUCUCCGGUCACCCCUCCCUCACCACCGUCUUUCGCUGCCGCGCCGGCUCCCCACGAAGCUAGUGACCCGGGCAGGCCCCCGAGUCUCCUGCAGAGCGGACGGAGGCCGGUGCCCAACUCUUACCGGGACGUUUAA